AUGCCCCCCCGUAAGCAGAGAGACCGUGGUAAGGGAAAGGCGAAGGUAGAUGACGACGAGCCAUGGGAGGAACCUCCCUACGUCAAGUGGAUGAAGGAGCAGUGCGAGAACGGCAAUACGCGUGGUAAAAUAAGGCGGGAAGCAGCUCCCAGGCGGCACGGCGCCAGCCCGAGCUCAGCGCGUGACGCCCACGCAGAUAGCUCUGACGGCGGCGGUGACACCGACGUGAGCGAUGACGAUCUCGAGGACAUCGUCUCCUCCAGCGGAUCCGAGGACGACUCCGAUAACUCAAACGCGAAGGACAGUAGCGACGAGGAGGAGACCGACGCGGAUCCCGCAGCCUCGGAGGCUGGCCGAAGUACACGCAAGCGCAAACGUGACGCGAAAUCGAAGCGUGUGUGGAGCGAUGAGGAGCUUACUGCACUGGCCGCCGCUAAGUGGUACACCCGCGACAAUCUGAAGCAGAUGCGUGGGAAACAGGGCAAUCAAUAUUGGAAGAAGCUCCGCACACACAUGAAAAAAAGCGACGCAAAGUGGAAGCGCAACAGCACCGCCAUGCAACACGCAUGGAAGCGCAUUGAGGCAGAGUACCGCGACACUCUCCGCCACAACGGCACGUCAGGGAACAAGCCCAAGCGGAAGAAACCCUGGUUCGAGUAUGUUUACCUCAUUAAGAAGCUCCCUGCCAACGUUAAGCCGCACGUGUUGGAUGGUGGCGGAGCACGAGAGACACACGCUGACCCUGGAGCACCUAUACGCGAUGACGCCGACAUGGGCGAGGGUGGAAUGGUGACGCCCAUGACCAAUCUCCGUGAUCGCACCCCUUCACCACUGCGCCCCAAGCGUGCCCGUGUCAACGAGACCGCCACCAUGGCGGCAGCGAAAGUCAUCGCUGAUACAAUCACAACAUGCAAUGGUCAGGCGUUGCGGCAGCUAAGCGACACGGUGCAACUCCUCGUGACAGCCAUCCACAUGGCUGCCACGCUGUGGAGGGCUCCACCUCCACAACCCCAGAAUGUGGCGCCGCCACCGCACGCCAAUGCGCACGCCCUCACGGACACGCCGGGCGAAGAAGACUCGCCCGCCUUAGGCGGAGAGGCCGGCGACGUUCCCCAGGAUGCGGACGAUGAGGCGCGCGAUGACAGGAAGUCGGACUAG